ACCUCAGUCAUGGUCUCAUCAGAUCAGAGUCAUCAGACCUUCAACAACUGCCUCCUCUGUCUCUACCUCAUAGCCCCUCCCACCUUCAUCUCCCUCAGAUUCCUCCAAGCCCCCUAUGGCAAGCACAACCGUCCCGGGUGGGGCCCCGCCAUCUCUCCGCCGCUGGCUUGGUUUCUCAUGGAAUCACCAACCCUCUGGCUCACUCUACUCCUCUUCCCCUACCGCCAACACAGCUCCUUAAUUCUAAUGAUCCCAUAUCUCUUCCACUAUUUCAACCGAACCUGCAUCUACCCACUUCGCCUCUACCGGAACACAAACCGGAAAACCGCCCCCGGUUUCCCGGUCAGCUUGGCAUUGAUGGCAUUUGUGUUCAACCUGUUGAAUGGCUACUUGCAGUCCAGAUGGGUGUCUCACUACAAGGACUAUGAGGGCGAUCAUGGUUGGUUUUGGUUGAGGUUUUGUGUUGGGUUGGUGGUGUUUUUGGGUGGGAUGGGUGUGAAUGUGUGGUCUGAUAGGGUUUUAGUGGGGUUGAAGAAAGAGAGUGGAGGGUAUAAGAUCCCAAGAGGAGGGUGGUUUGAGUUGGUCAGCUGCCCUAACUACUUUGGGGAGAUAAUGGAGUGGGUAGGAUGGGCAGUGAUGACUUGGUCUUGGGCAGGGCUAGGGUUUCUGAUAUACACGUGUGCUAACUUGGUUCCCAGGGCUCGUGCCAACCAUAACUGGUAUUUGGACAAGUUUGGGGACGAGUAUCCCAAGUCCAGGAAAGCUGUGAUUCCCUUCUUGUAUUGAGAAAGCAGAGCAGUUUCUUUGUGAUUUGUAAUUGUGUUUCUUACCUGAUGUGACUGUGUAAUGCUUAAAGCAAUUCGAAGCUGAAGUUGUGGAGUG